AUGAUCGGAUGUAAACAAUAACAUCGCCGGAUCGCGUUGCACUCCGUUGCCGGUUUUUCUGCUUUGCUGCACGUAAAGAAGAAAAACGAGUGAAUUGUGGGAAGCUGCCGACAAUAUGGUAUCCUUAAAAACGCUCACCAAAACCGCUACGUACAUAGCGAUCGGUGGGAUUACUUGUGCGAUGAUAAUGAAGGUGAAGCUGGAGGACAAAAUACGCAGCCAGCCGUACUACAAAGAAUCGCUCAAACUGCUCCGAGCUCAUCCGGGUGCGGUACAACUGCUCGGCGAGCCGAUCAAGGAUCUAAGCUUCGAUUACGGAGAGGAAAGCAGAAAGUUCGGCGGCGGCAGAAUCGAUAGCUUUGCUGUACCGGUGAGGGGACCAAAAACCCGCGGCAAGUACUACUUCUGGGCGGAAAUGCAGGACGAACGGUGGGUGAUAAGGCGGGCAGAGCUGGAGCUGAAAAACGAACCGGACCGGCGGUUGUUGAUAAGGGCGGAAGAGAGUCAAGCCAAGGAGUAGGGUUCGUUCGUUAAGGUAGUUUCGUAAGUAGAGAAAGCAUUCAAUCGUUGUUGUUAGUAGAGCUAAUAAAUAGUAGAAACCGAUAUCACUAAAUAACGAA